AUGGGCCCUCCCAAUGGCGUCGACGCCACCAACGGCUCUUCCAGGGGCAGUGGCACCCGCAAGGGUGGCAGUGACCCAAGGAGCCCUAGCAGAGGGGGCGACAACCCCAGGGGCCUUAUCACUAGCAACGGCGACCCCAGGGGCCAGGCCGGAAUCGAUAGAGAACCCAGGGGCUCUCCCAGAGGGGGCGGUAACUCCAGGUACUCUCCCAGGGGCGGUUACGGCGACCCCAGAGGCCCUCCCAUAGACAGAAGUGCCCCUAUGGCCGUCCCAGAGGCUGUGGCGCCCCAGGGGCCCUACCAGAAGCGUCCCGCCGAUAAGUCCUAUAGCUUGCUUGGUCAUGGGACCCUCCCAGGGGCGGCGGCGCCACCAGGGAACUUCCCAGGAACGGCGGCGACACAGGGGCUCUAUCAGAGGCGUCGGCGAUCCCACAGGCUUUUCCAGGGCCGUGGUUGCCCCGAGAAGCCUAAAGAGUGGAGGUGGUGCCCAAAGGGCUCCCCCAUGGGGAGCGAAACUCCCAUGGGCCCUCCCAAUGGCCGCGGCGCCACCAACGGCUCCUCCAGGGGCAGUGGCACCCCCAACGGUGGCAGUGACCCAAGGAGCCCUAGCAGAGGGGGCGGCAACCCCAGGGGCCUUCUCAGGAGCAACCGCGGCCCCAGGGGCCAGGCCGGAAUCGAUAGAGAACCCAGGGGCUCUCCCAAAGGGGGCGCUUACCCUGAGUUUGUCUCUGAGGUCUUCACCACCCCCAUGGGGCCCCUGUGGACACUGCCACCGCUGAGAGGGCCCCAGGGGGCGACGACGCCCAUGGGAGGGCCUUUGAGGGCUCCGACGACAAUUGGAGGGCCCCAUGGGGUCGCUGAGGCCUCAGGAAAGAUCCCUCGGGUCGUUGCUGCCCUUCAUAAGGCCUCUAGAAUCGCCGUUGCUCCAGAGAGGGCCUCAAGGGGUCGCCACAGCCCCAGGGAAGGUACCACGGGUCCGUGCGGCACCCCCAGGGAUCCUCCCAGGGGUGGCGGCGCCACCAGGGAACUUCCCAGGAUCGGCGGCGACACAGGGUCUCUCAUAGAGGCGUCGGCGAUCCCACAGGCGUUUCCAGGGGCGUGGUUGCCCUCAGAAGCCUUCAUAGUGGAGGCAGUGCCCACAGGGGCUCCCCCAGGGGAGCGAAACUCUCAUGGGCCCUCCCAUUGA